GAGCCAUGGAUUCCUUCCUGGUGCUGCACCAGCUGCGGUGUAAUGGAGUCCUUGAAGGUAUCCGCAUCUGCCGUAAGGGAUUCCCCAACAGGAUCCUCUACGCAGACUUCAAGCAGCGCUACCGUAUCCUGAAUCCAGCAGCCAUUCCAGAUGACAAGUUUGUGGACAGCAGAAAGGCCACAGAGAAGCUGCUGAGCUCCCUGGAACUGGACCACUCGCAGUACAAGUUUGGUCAUACCAAGGUGUUUUUCAAGGCUGGUUUGCUGGGCAUGCUGGAAGAGAUGAGAGAUGAGCGUCUGGCCAAGAUCCUGACCAUGCUGCAGGCCAGAAUCCGUGGGCACCUCAUGCGCAUUGAGUAUCAAAAGAUCAUCAGCAGGAGGGAAGCCCUCUAUACCAUUCAGUGGAACAUCCGAGCUUUCAAUGCUGUCAAGAACUGGUCAUGGAUGAAGCUGUUCUUCAAGAUCAAGCCUUUACUCAAGUCUGCUCAGACUGAGAAGGAAAUGUCCAACCUGAAGGAGGAGUUCCAGAAGCUGAAAGAGGCUCUGGAGAAGUCCGAGGCUAAGAGGAAAGAGCUGGAAGAGAAGCAGGUCUCCAUGAUCCAAGAGAAGAAUGACCUGGCUCUCCAGCUGCAGGCAGAACAAGACAACCUGGCAGAUGCAGAGGAACGCUGUGACCUGCUGAUCAAGUCCAAGAUCCAGCUGGAAGCCAAGGUGAAGGAGCUGAUGGAACGUCUGGAGGAUGAGGAGGAGAUGAAUGCAGACCUCACCGCCAAAAGACGCAAGCUGGAGGAUGAAUGUGCAGAGCUGAAGAAGGACAUCGAUGACUUAGAAAUCACGCUGGCCAAGGUGGAGAAGGAGAAGCACGCCACAGAGAACAAGGUUAAAAACCUGAUUGAAGAGAUGGCUGCUCUGGAUGAGAUCAUUGCCAAGCUGACGAAAGAGAAGAAAGCACUGCAAGAGGCCCAUCAGCAGGCUCUGGAUGACCUACAGGCUGAGGAAGACAAGGUCAACACACUGACUAAAGCCAAGGUCAAACUGGAGCAGCAAGUGGAUGAUCUGGAAAGCUCUCUUGAACAAGAAAAGAAAGUCCGCAUGGACCUGGAAAGAGCAAAGAGGAAGCUUGAAGGAGACUUGAAGUUGACACAAGAGUCCGUAAUGGAUCUGGAGAAUGACAAACAGCAGCUGGAGGAGAAACUCAAGAAGAAAGACUUUGAAUUAAGUCAACUGAAUUCAAGGAUUGAAGAUGGGCAAGUGACUGAGGCCCAGCUGCAGAAGAAGAUCAAGGAGCUCCAGGCCCGCAUUGAGGAGCUGGAGGAGGAGCUGGAGGCUGAGCGUGCUGCUAGAGCCAAGGUGGAGAAGCAGCGGGCAGAAGUGUCACGGGAGCUGGAGGAGCUGAGCGAGCGCCUGGAAGAGGCCGGUGGGGCGACGGCCACACAGCUGGAGAUGAACAAGAAGCGGGAAGCAGAGUUCCUGAAGCUGAGGCGGGACCUGGAGGAGGCAACCCUGCAGCAUGAGUCCACAGCAGCUGCCCUGAGGAAGAAGCAUGCAGACAGUGUGGCGGAGCUGAGCGAGCAGAUUGACAACCUGCAGCGCGUCAAGCAGAAGCUGGAGAAGGAGAAGAGUGAGAUGAAGAUGGAGGUGGAUGACCUGUCAUCUAACAUUGAAUAUCUCACCAAGAACAAGGCCAGUGCUGAGAAGCUCUGCCGCACCUAUGAGGACCAGCUGAGUGAGGCCAAGUCCAAAGUGGAUGAGCUGCAGCGACAACUGACCGACGUGAGCACGCAGCGGGGCAGGCUGCAGACCGAGAAUGGGGAGCUUAGUCGGCUGUUGGAGGAGAAGGAGUCCUUCAUCAACCAGCUGAACCGUGGCAAGACCUCAUUCACACAGAACAUUGAGGAACUCAAGAGACAGCUGGAAGAAGAGACCAAGAGCAAGAAUGCCCUGGCCCAUGCCCUCCAAGCCUCCCGGCACGACUGUGACCUGCUGCGGGAGCAGUAUGAGGAGGAGGUGGAGGCCAAGAGUGAGCUCCAGAGGAACUUGUCCAAGGCCAAUGCAGAAGUGGCUCAGUGGAGAACCAAGUAUGAGACGGAUGCCAUCCAGAGGACGGAGGAGCUGGAGGAAGCCAAGAAGAAGCUGGCCAUCCGGCUGCAGGAGGCGGAGGAGGCAGUGGAGGCUGCCCACGCCAAGUGCUCCUCACUGGAAAAGACCAAGCACCGUCUGCAGACAGAGAUCGAGGACCUCUCGGUGGACCUGGAACGCGCCAACUCGGCCUGUGCUGCCCUGGAUAAGAAGCAGCGCAACUUUGAUAGGAUCCUGGCUGAGUGGAAGCAGAAGUAUGAGGAGACCCAGGCAGAGCUGGAGGCAUCACAGAAGGAGUCGCGCGGUCUGAGCACAGAGCUCUUCAAGCUCAAGAAUGCCUAUGAGGAGUCCCUGGACAACCUGGAGACCCUCAAGAGGGAGAACAAGAACCUGCAGGAGGAAAUUGCUGAUCUGACUGACCAGAUCAGUCUGAGCGGCAAAACUAUCCAUGAGCUGGAGAAGCUGAAGAAAGCCCUGGAGAGUGAGAAGAGCGAUAUCCAGGCAGCUCUGGAGGAGGCCGAGGGAGCCCUGGAACAUGAGGAGAGCAAGACGCUGCGCAUCCAGCUGGAGCUGAACCAGAUCAAGGCUGAUGUGGACAGGAAGCUGGCGGAGAAGGAUGAGGAGUUUGAGAACCUGAGGCGCAACCACCAGCGUGCCAUGGACUCCAUGCAGGCCACGCUGGAUGCGGAGGCCCGGGCCAAGAAUGAGGCCGUCCGGCUGAGGAAGAAGAUGGAGGGAGACCUGAACGAGAUGGAGAUCCAGCUGAGCCACGCCAACCGCCAGGCCGCCGAGUUCCAGAAACUGGUCCGCCAGCUGCAGGCCCAGAUCAAGGACCUGCAAAUCGAGUUGGAUGAUACUCAACGCCACAACGACGACCUGAAGGAGCAGGCGGCCGCCCUGGAGCGCCGCAACAACCUGCUGCUGGCAGAGGUGGAGGAGCUGCGGGCGGCGCUGGAGCAGGCAGAGAGGAGCAGGAAGAUGGCAGAGCAGGAGCUGCUGGAGGCCACCGAGAGGGUCAACCUGCUCCACUCCCAGAACACAGGGCUGAUCAACCAAAAGAAGAAGCUGGAGACUGACAUCUCCCAGCUGAGUGGCGAGGUGGAGGACGCGGUGCAGGAGUGCCGCAAUGCCGAGGAGAAGGCAAAGAAGGCGAUCACGGAUGCUGCCAUGAUGGCAGAGGAGCUGAAGAAGGAGCAGGACACGAGUGCACACCUGGAGCGGAUGAAGAAGAACAUGGAACAGACCAUCAAGGACCUGCAGAUGCGCCUGGAUGAAGCGGAGCAGAUUGCUCUCAAGGGUGGCAAGAAGCAGAUCCAGAAGCUGGAGGCCAGGGUUCGGGAGCUGGAGGGAGAGCUGGAUAUGGAGCAGAAGAAGAUGGCUGAAGCCCAGAAGGGCAUUCGCAAGUACGAGCGGAGGAUCAAGGAGCUGAGCUACCAGGCUGAGGAAGAUCGGAAAAGGAUGCAGGACCUGAUCGACAAGCUGCAGAGCAAGGUCAAGAGCUACAAACGCCAGUUUGAGGAGGCGGAGCAGCAGGCCAACUCCAACUUGGUGAAGUACCGCAAGGUGCAGCACGAGCUGGAUGACGCCGAGGAACGUGCCGACAUCGCCGAGACGCAGGUCAACAAGCUGCGUGCCCGCACCAGGGAGGUCAUCACCUCCAAG